UUCAAAUAUGUUCACAGUGUUCUUUAGAUUCUAGUUUAAGAAUCAUGAUUUGCCUGUUGAAGAUACCUACCACUAGUGCCACCAGGAGUCUUCUGGAGCCUUUUUCAAAAUUACUAAGCUUUGUCAUACAGAAUGCUGUCUUCACUCUGGCCUACCUGGUGGAACUGUGUGGUUUGUGCUACCGAGCUUUCACAAAGGAAAGGGACAAAUUCUACCUGACGCGUAGUGUCAUCUUGGAGUUGCUGCAGGCACUCAAGUUGAAGUCACCAUUACCAGACAUGAAUCUGCUGCUGUUGGUGCAGUUUGUUUGUGCAGAUGCUGGAACAAAACUAGCUGAGUCAACGAUCUUACAUAAACAGAUGAUUGCCUCUAUGCCUGGAUGUGGAACAGCAGCAAUGGAAUGCAUGAGGCAAUACGUUGGGGAAGUGCUGGAUUUCAUUGCAGAUAUGCAUACCUUAACCAAAUUAAAGAGUCACAUGAAGACUUGUUCUCAGCCACUGCAUGAAGACACGUUUGGUGGACAUCUAAAAGUUGGUUUAGCUCAGAUUGCGGCUAUGGAAAUUACCCGGGGAAACCACAGAGACAACAAAGCCGUGAUCCGAUAUUUGCCUUGGCUUUACCAUCCUCCGUCUGCAAUGCAACAAGGGCCCAAAGAGUUCAUAGAAUGUGUCUCACACAUUCGUUUGCUGUCCUGGCUACUUCUGGGGUCUCUGACACACAAUGUUGUCUGUCCAAAUUCUUCAUCAUCUUGCAUGCCUAUUCCACUGGAUGCGGGUUCACAAAUUGCUGACCACCUUAUUGUUAUUCUGAUUGGGUUUCCAGAGCAAUCAAAGACAUCUGUUCUGCACAUGUGUUCCCUCUUCCAUGCAUUCAUAUUUGCUCAGCUCUGGACAGUUUAUUGUGAACAAACAGCAGUAGCUCCGACAGUCCAGAAUCAGAACGAAUUUAGCUUUACAGCAAUCCUUACAGCCCUGGAGUUCUGGAGCAGAGUGACACCGAGCAUCCUGCAGCUGAUGGCACAUAACAAAGUGAUGGUGGAAAUGGUGUGCCUGCAUGUGAUUAGUUUAAUGGAGGCUUUACAGGAAUGCAACUCUACUAUCUUUGUAAAGCUCAUACCAAUGUGGUUGCCAAUGAUACAGUCAAACCUGAAACAUUUAUCUGCUGGACUCCAGCUACGCCUCCAAGCCAUCCAGAGCAAUGUCAACCAUCACAGCCUAAGGAUGUUACAGGGGUCAGGACAAAUGAACAAUAGCUCAUCUGUGCUCCGCAAAUGGCUACAGUGUACCCAAUUUAAAAUGGCUCAAGUGGAAAUUCAGUCAUCAGAAGCUGCAUCUCAAUUUUAUCCUUUAUGAUUUAUGUAAUUUUUUCCAAAUGUUCAUUUUUAGCCUAGCAAUAACAGGGUUAGAGCUGUAAAAGACCUUUUGUAUAAAUCAGUAUACAGAGUAUAUGCUGUCUCUGUACUUUAUAGCCUAGGACAGAUUGUGGAAAAACAGGUAAAGCCAAGAACCUGAUCCUGUCAGUCUUUAGUUACACUCACGCAGGAUGAACAGGUUCUCAAGUCUGCACUCCUGAACAUGUAUUCGGGGGACUGAGCUCAAAUCUAUCACAUUGUACAUAUCUCUCUGAUCAUUGAAAUAUCUUCUCAAAUGUUUAUUUACAUUAUUUUUGAAGCUAAGACAAA